AGUGUUGUCAAUGUGCCUGCUCUGCAUUACACAGUUCACAUCGCCACUGUAAAUUAAAAAGGGAAGACAACAUUUAGCUGACAUUUGCAAGUGCAAACCGUUUGCAGCUCGGCCCCCCUUGCAGAGGACUCCACACAGUCUGCAAGAUUUGGGAAAUAAAAACGUGUUCCCCGCAGCAAAAAAAACCAACCUUUAUUUGAUUGCGAACACAGGAUUUGAAAAACUCAACUCGGCGUUUUUGGAGUCGCUUAUUCGGGCAGGCGGUGAUGCUCCGCCGAGGCGCAACAACAGAAGAGGGAAGAGACAGGUGAGGUGCGGCUGAAGAGCUGCUUUUUUUUUCUUUUUAAGAAGGGCUCCGUAGAGCCGCGCCAUCCAUCCACGUUUUCUCCACAGAAAGCAAGAGUAGCGAGCAGAGAGAGGGCGAGUGGGCGACGGGCACCUGCUCCACCUGACCAUCUGGUGUGUGCAUGUACUCUGCUGCCAUGGCAACCAUGGGUCCUCUCCUCACGUUUCUUCUCCUGCUGCUUCAUCUGGCUGAUGGCUCAUUCCCAGAGGAGCCCAGUCCACUCAGCUACGUCCCUAUGGAGGUGGUGAGGAGGUAUCCGGUGUUCCUGGGAAGAGCUCAUCGUUCAGCGCAGAGACAAGAGCUGCACAUCCAGACGGUCCUCCAAGUCAACCGCACUCUCUACAUAGGAGCCAGAGAUGAUUUAUACAGAGUGGAGCUGGACAACAUGGCAGGUGAUGAGAUGUUCUACAGCAAGAAACGGACAUGGGAAUCCAACAAAAAUGAUAUCCGAGUGUGUCGAAUGAAGGGCAAACAUGAGGGAGAAUGUCGUAAUUUCGUCAAGGUUCUGCUCCAGCAGCACGGAGGCCUGUUUGUGUGCGGCACAAACGCCUUCAACCCGCUGUGUGCAAACUACACCAGAGAUACUCUAGAAAUGGUGGGAGAGACUGUGAGUGGGAUGGCACGCUGCCCGUAUGAUCCACGGCAUGCCAAUGUGGCUUUAUUUGCAGAUGGAAGUCUUUUCACUGGCACCGUGACAGACUUUCUGGCAAUCGAUGCCGUGAUCUAUCGCAGCCUUGGCGACAGCCCCGCCCUCCGCACAGUCAAGCAUGACUCCAAAUGGUUCCGAGAGCCCUACUUUGUGAGCGCCGUGGAGUGGGGGCCUCAUAUUUAUUUCUUCUUCAGAGAAAUGGCAAUGGAAUUUCACCAUCUAGAGAAGGUAAUGGUGUCCCGUGUGGCCCGCGUGUGCAAGUCGGACCUGGGUGGCUCGCAGCGUGUUCUAGAGAAACAGUGGACCACUUUUCUGAAGGCACGGCUCAACUGCUCCGUCCCUGGAGACUCGCACUUUUACUUCAACCUCCUCCACGCCACAAGUGGCAUCAUCCACAUGCAAGGACGAGACGUCAUCCUGGGUCUCUUCUCCACCCCCCCGAACAGCAUUCCAGGUUCUGCCGUGUGUGUGUUUGACAUGCAGCAGCUGGCUCACGCCUUCGAGGGACGCUUUAAGGAACAGAAAUCCCCAGAGUCCAUUUGGACUCCGGUACCAGAAGAGGCAGUCCCCAAACCUAGACCUGGAGGAUGUGCAGUCCUGGGGUCCAGAUUUAGUUCAUCCACCACAUUGCCGGACGAGGUAUUAAACUUUGUGAAAACCCACCCUCUGAUGGAUGAGACGGUACCGCUGCUGGGGCACAGACCCUGGGUGGUCAAGACUAUGGGACGGUAUCAGUUGACAGCUAUGGUGGUGGACACGGAAGCUGGCCCCCAUCGAAACCGUACAGUUUUGUUCCUCGGUUCGACCCGAGGGACCGUUCUCAAGUUCCUAAUGAUUCCCAGUGGGGAUUCAGUGUCCCACAGCAGUGUCUUCCUGGAGGAGGUGGAGGGUUUCAACCCAGAGAAAUGUGGUGAGGACUCUCCUCAGGGUCGCCAGCUCCUGUCUCUAACAUUGGACCGUACCAGCCACACACUGCUGUUGGCCUUCCCGUCCUGUUUGGUCCGUGUGCCCACGUCCCGCUGCCACCUGCACGCCCGCUGCAUGAAGAGCUGCCUGGCCUCGAGGGACCCAUAUUGUGGCUGGACCAGAGGCAGCACCUGCUCUUUCCUGAGACCAGGAACCAGGCUGCCUUUCCAACAAGAUGUGGAAUACGGAAACACCAGCUCCCAUUUAGGAGACUGUGAUGGUAUCCUGCAACAAAGUCUUCUAAUAGAACCAGAGAGUCUUGUCUCCCUCAAUCUCCUGGUGGUCUCUGCAGUCUCAGCAUUCACCAUCGGGGCGGCGCUCUCAGGCCUCGCCGUGUGCUGGAUCAUGGCUCACAAGCCUGCCAACCGUCGCCAUAGCAACACCAACCAGUCUAUCCAGCGGCGUGAAAGAGGCCUAUUAAGUAAUGCCGGUGGAAUGGGAGGCUCUGUGCUCAGCGUGACGCGUCAGGGAGGUGGUGAGCGCCCCUGCACUCAAGGCGGGGAGACCCUGUUUGUGAUGCCCAACGGAUGGGUGAAAUCCGGGGAGCUUGACCCGGGUUUCUUACCCACACCGGAGCACACGCCCCAGCAGAAACGCAGAGGCCUGCGACUGUCUGACUCGAACUCCGGGGGAUGGGACACAAGCCAGACCUACUUGGGGGGAGGCUCUGUGGGUCUGGGCUCCCCCUGUCGUAUCCCCCCUUCAGUAUACCUGACCACCAGACUGUUUCAGCAAGGGGGAGGCGGCCGGCACAGUGGCGAUAACCGGGGGAGUGACACCCCACGACAGCACUAUGUCUGUUUGAGCAAGCAAGAGAAAGGAGUGAAGGGGACUCCCAAAGUCCCGCUGAGGAAGUCCGCGGGGGAAUACGUGUACCCCAUGACGCCCCAGGACUCACCUGAACGCCGCAGGGUGGUGUCAGCACCCAGCGCCCCCGCGGAGUACGGUGAGCCUCUGCCUUUGCGCUGGCCGGCCCAGGAAGGCUACAUCCUCAGCAGCCACGGCAUGGUGCCUGUUCCCUUGCCCCCUCCAUCCAUGGCCGCCCCAAGCGGCCAAACAUACCAACACCAACAGCACACCCCUGCGCUGACUAGGGCUUUACUGAGGGGGGCACUGGAGCGAGGGGAGCUUGGCGAGCUCAUGGACCUCACCCAGCUCAUGAGUAAGAAGAACUGCAAUGACAGGACUCAGGCUGGGCAUUGACUGCUGAGGAAAUAAAGGCCCUGCAUGAGCGCCUUUCCACGUCUCUUUGCAUUGACCUGUCUUUAGCCUCAGCCACCCGCCCCCGCCCCCGACCCUCCCCAUCUCUGGACAUUUUUGUGCAUUGUCAUUCAAGGCCUCUGGUCUCCUCUGUGACUGUCUCAGGCAACCCCACCACCCGCCCCCUUUUCUUCCCCACCCUCCAUUAACCGUGUUGGCGAGGCUCUCGUUACGACUGGCUGCUGCGCCUGCCGAUCUUUUACUGGCUCGCACUAAUUGGUCAGAUGCACGGAGGUUGUUGCUGUGUCUGCAUUGCAGAGUUGCCUCGCCUGCCAGCGCUCUCCAAGGCAGCAGGGAGAAGGCACAGAAGAAAGAAAAGACUGUCGUCUUUUGCGGCUGUGGAAGUGAAGCAAAACUAACAAAUAUGAGGAUGUUAUUUUCUUCACUGAUAAAAGUGAAGAUAAAAGAGGCAUUAAUGGACAAUUCUUUGUGAAAACAGUUUGGGGAUGGGCCUUGGCUGUGCCCUGGUUGCAAAAAAAAUAGUAGAAAGUCCAGUUUGGAAGAGUAGAAUCUUUAAUUGCUGGGUAUAAAAUUCCUUUCGCAGCUAAUUAUUUUUAAAGGAAUGUUUAGAACUCCUUUUUUCAUGCCGUGUGGCCCGCAACUGAGACUGCAUCAACAGCACCUCGAACUCGUUUAAUCAGCCAUCAAUACAACACAACACAACACAACGGACUAUCAUACCCAAUCACUAACCAAGCAUUCAUUCUCCAUCUUGUUGGUGUGACUGCCAACUUGGCUACGGUGCACGUUACAUGUUUCCUGAAGAUAAUGAGCUUUAUGUGACUCAUCAAAAGUCGGCGUGACUAACAACAGGAAACAAAAGAAGAAGCUCAUCUGCUUCCUCUUUGUUUGCACUCAUACAUGCGAGUUGUUCAGUGUAUACGGGGCAGCAUGACGCGAGUGUUUAAUGCCUCCGAUAGUCCGAGUCGUCUCAUAGCGAUGCAGGACCAUAACUCUUUGGAGAGAGGAGAGCAAAACUGAAAUGUCAGCAGUAUUCCUGCCAGCCGCAUUGCUCGCUGUAAUGACGUUGUCGGCAUCUCUGACGCCCAUUGCUCUUUUCACCCCUUCCGCUCCUCGUACUACUUAAUGGCCGAUAAUUCCAUGAGGAUGUCUAUGGAAAGUUUUGCACCAGAAAACUGACCAGAAAGGAAGAAAGGCGUAAUUGGGAAUGCCCUUUCUUUUUCCACGCAUAUUCAUUCAAGCUGCAUUAUUGAACACUGUCCAGCUCUAAUGGGUACAAAUUUCCCUGGAAAAGCCCCACAGAAGGUCAAGGUCCCACAGACGUGAUGCAGAACAAAGUGACAGUUACAGAGGCAAUGAUGGAAACGCCAAAGCCAAUAGGUGUAAUGGAAAUGCCCCCAGGAGGCAAAUGGGCACAUAAAUCAUCUGCCAUCGACGCGUCGAGUGCCAUGAGAGUCAGCAUUUAGAUCAGCACAACAUUGAGAUGGAUGUCAUAUAUAUAAAAAAAAAAAGCAAAAGCCACCGACAUCAGCAAUGAUAACAAUGUGCUUUGUUAAUACACAUUUGCUUUGUCAUGUGCACCGAUUCUAUGUUUAGUGUACAUAGUAAGGUUUGAUUCCAACAGACACUAAGAUACUAUAUCCAUCAGACAGCUUGAAAGCAAACAAUAACAUUUGAUCAUGUCAUAACUAUGAAUGUAAAAAAUAUGUUCUCACAUGCCUUUUUAUAAGGCAAGCAAUACAGCCAUAAUAAAUCCUCCUUUCAUAAAGUCUACAAUAGUCAGAAUCUGAGAGGUUUUUAUUUAUUUCACUGGGACUUUAAUCAGUUGAAGUAAUACACUGCCCCGCCCCCAAAAAAAGGGAACACGUAAUCACUGCAGUGUAACUAUGUGUCAAUCACAAUUCCAGUUAGGAAGCAACUGUGAAUCAAUCCCACAUAUGCAAAUUGGAUACAAAAAUAGGACAACCUAUUUGAAGGAAUGGUGCUGCAGGUUGGUUACCUUUUAUGGCUCAACAUCUGACCUCAGUUCCCUGAGCCAUCAGUGAUACCAUUAAGCACUGCAACUUGUUCAGGUACUUCUCUAUGCACCAUGAACUAAAUGGUUGUUAUCUCCCCCAUGUAGAGUUUCAAGAGCGUGGAGGAGAUUGUAGGAGACAGGACAACCCACCACAAACAGCACCUCUCAGACAUUGUAGGACAUACACAUCCCUGUUCCUAACAGAAAGUUGAAUCAUUUCUCUACUGUGAUUUAGCAUAGUUCAGUUAUUCUUCACUUAUUUGGGUUUCUAUUAAAUGUUAUGACAGAUUAAACUAUGGAAUGGAAUGGCCUUUAUUGUCAUUAUACAAGAUGUACAACCAGAUUGGAGAGCUUCUCCUUUCAGUGCAGUAGUCAAGUUAAAAAAAAAAGUAGAGUAAAAAAGACAAUUUAACAAGAUAUAUACAAGAUAUCCAAAAUAUACACAUAGUACUGCACAGGAGCAUAUGCAGAACUAGCCAGUGAUUGAAGUAUUCCCAUCAUUUUUGGAGCAGUGUAUUACUCUCACGACUGGAGGAUUAUUAGGUAACUGGAUAUUACACAUUACAAUAACCAACCCACUCACUUUUAUUCACAUCUGUGUGCCAAAAUCUUCUUAGGAGUGUUGUAUUGAUGCCAGUUUACAGAAGCAAAAAAAAAACAACCUUGUGUUUAAGUGCCAUGAUGAUGACUAUUUCAAUCAGCAAUUCACAGUUGCUGUUUGAAAAGCUCCAUAUAACUUAUUGCAGUAUGCUAUGUGAAAUAUUUGCCUUUGACCUUACAUGCUGAAUGGUUUUCUUUUACGUGUGUGGGCUUGUACUGUUGCAUCCGCAAUAACGGAACCAACAGUUUAAAGACGGUACUUCAACUGUAAUGUACUGUAAAUAUGUACUGUAAGAAUACAGACACUUUGUCAUGGUCUUUCUAAUCGUACUUGGACCACAUGACGCUAUGACAUGGAAUGUGGUGAUAAAAUGUAAUAAUGAUGCAAAUCUUCAAAAUGGACUGAAAAUGCUGUGAGGGAUUAUUGUGUAUCUUUUUGUGUCAUAUUUGUCAUCACGUUUUUAUAGUCUAGUGAUUGUCUGUUUGCCAAUCAACUGCCAUACGGAAGGAUCUUAAAUAUAUUUGUCAGCAUCCCGAGAGAGAGAGAGAAUGUUUUUAUUGUUGUUUUGCGUGCAGUAAUACGUAGAUAAGCACAAGGACUUUUUUUGCAAUUGAAGAGCUGUAACAUUUGUGAAUAGUGUAAAUAAUCCGUGUUUGCUUUUGGCUCAUUAUUAGGGCAAAGAGGCAUUGAAGUGUGAGGGGGUUUAUUUUUAUUCUUCUGUGCCAAUGGUGUGAAUAAGAUGUAUGUAAAGUAUUUACGUGACUUUGGCUGAGUGCUGACUUUCAGCUGUUGGUAGAGUAGACUUGCAGGCCCUCAUCUCAGACCAAACUGAGCCUUUUACAUUUGCCUGCCUGCUGAGUUUUUGCAGUUGUUAAAAAUACUGCUGUGAUAAUAACCACUGAUUUUUGGAGUACUGCUAUUAAAUGGAACUAUAUCAUUUGCUGCUAAUGUUGCAUUUACUGCUGAAUAGGGGUGUCAUGAGAUCUCGCGAGAUCAAAAACAUGACAAAGAGUUUUUGUUCAGAAAAAAAAACUGUCACGCGAUGAUAAACGAAUAAAUUAAUCACAAAAUGAAAAUGAACUCGAUAAUUUUGCCGGCCUCCACAUUCCACCUU